AUGUGCAUCGAGCACAUUACCCAUGACUGCCCAGCCUGCGGGAAAGACUACUUAGUCUACGUCGAGUUUUGCAAGGACUUUCAUCCACCACUGAUCCGUUGUCCAAACGGGACCAUUCGAAAGCGCCUGGAGAUGAAUGACGGAGGCUGUCCGAGCCCUACUUGUCCAAAUAGUCGACACGGGGGCUGCAGUCUGAUGUAG